UCUCUGGUUCUCGACUUUUUGGGUCGCCGACCAGAAGGACGCUUCAGCUUUCCUCUCUCUCUCUCUCGUUCUGUUCUACUCAGAUUCUGAAUCUUUUGGUUGGGAGAAAAGAUGUCUGGAGGAGGUACUCAGAAGAGCUUGAGGAAAUAUUUGGGAGCUAUCAAGGACACCACCACAGUUGGAUUGGCUAAAGUUAACAGUGACUACAAGGAGUUGGACAUUGCAAUUGUCAAGGCCACAAACCAUGUCGAACGCCCGGCUAAAGAAAAACACAUAAGGGCUGUUUUUGUUGCAGUUUCAGCUACAAGGCCUCGAGCAGAUGUGGCGUACUGCAUCCAUGCUCUUGCCAGACGUCUUGCCAAGACACAUAAUUGGGCAGUGGCAUUGAAAACGUUAAUCUUGAUACAUCGUGCUCUUAGGGAAGUGGAUGCUACCUUCCGUGAAGAAGUCAUUAAUUAUGGAAGGAGCAGAAACCAUAUGCUAAACUUGGCUCAUUUCAAAGAUGAUUCCAGUCCAAACGCAUGGGAUUAUUCUGCAUUUGUCCGGACAUAUGCUUUAUUUUUAGAGGAGAGGCUGGAAUGUUUCCGUAUCUUGAAGUACGAUGUUGAGACAGAUCACCCAAGGACCAAGGAACUGAACACUGCCGAAUUGCUUGAACAGUUGCCAGUGUUGCAACAGCUUCUGCAUCGUGUUCUUGGUUGCCAGCCGCAAGGAGCAGCAGUUUAUAAUUUUGCCAUUCAGUUGGCAGUUUCAAUGGCAGCUGCAGAGAGCAUUAAGAUUUAUCAGGCAAUAACCGAUGGUACAAUUAAUUUGGUUGACAAGUUCUUUGAGAUGCAACGCCAUGAUGCUGUUAGCGCUUUUGAGAUAUACAGGAAGGCGGGUCAGCAGGCGGAGAGGCUGUCAGAGUUUUAUGAAAUAUGUAAAGGCCUUGAUCUAGGACGUGGAGAAAAGUUUAUCAAGAUUGAACAGCCACCGGCAUCAUUUUUAGCAGCCAUGGAGGAGUAUGUCAGAGAUGCUCCUCGAGCUUCAUCUGUUCGGAAGGAUCAGGUGGCUAACGAUAAAAUUGCUGCUCCCAAAGUGGUCCUGGCUAUAGAGUAUAAGAAAACCCCAGAAGUUCAGGAAGAUCUCCCAUCAUCCCCACCUCCACCUGAACCUGAACCUGUUAAAGUGGAGGCUCCUGUUUCGGAACCACCUGAUCUGCUUCAUUUGGAUAAUCCUAUCCCGGCUGCAUCGGAACUAGAUGAGAAGAAUGCUCUUGCUCUGGCUAUUGUUCCAGUCGCUGAUUCAUCAACAACUCUCCCUUCUGGUCCUGAUUAUGCAAACGGAACUACAGGCUGGGAGUUGGCACUGGUAACUGCUCCAAGCUCAAAUGAGAGUGCUACUACUGCAAGCAAACUGGCGGGAGGGCUGGACUUGCUUACAUUGGACAGCUUAUAUGAUGAUGCACUUAGAAGAAAUAACCAGAAUGUAAGCUACAAUCCAUGGGAGUCGGUGCCCAUGGCUAGUCCUAUGAUGCAACAACCAGCACAUGACCCAUUCCUUGCCUCCAACACUGUGGCAGCACCCCAUGCCGUGCAGAUGGCAGCAAUGGUCCACCAACAGCAAGCUUUCAUGUUGCAGCAACAGAUGAUGAUGAAUGUUCCACAACAGCAACAGCCUUUAAAUCCUUUUGGUAAUCCUUAUGGAGCUGCAAACCACCCUUAUGGGUCGGGUAUUCCUGUUCAAUCUUACAAUCCAUACACCAGCCUCAUGUAAGGAACGGGAUCAGUAGUCAUUUGUUGUUGGGUGAGAGCACAAGAAGUUGGUGGAAUUGAAGGACAAGCAAAUAAUAUUUGAGGCUUUUGGAGACUGGUAGGGAGGGCUGGUUUCAAGACACAGAUGUACCAUAUGUUGUGUAUGUGCAGUUACUAUCAUGAGAAUAUUACAGGUAUUAGUUAGGGAGUGGAGUUCUAGGUUAUUGAUUAUUUUUGUGGGUAAUGAUUCCUAAUAAUGUUUUUCAGAUUAUCUGAAGAUUUGACCUGCAUUUCUGUGCUUAGGCAGGAAUCCCAAUUCUUGUUCUCUUUAUUUGAAACUUUGAAGGCUGUUAAUGAUUUGUAAUUGCUUUCCUGUUAUCAUUUACAUAUGAAGAGAUCAGGGAGACAUUGUGAUUUUUUCA